GCAGCCAGCUAGUAAGUAGCAGAGCUGAGAGCCGAACUCGGUAACUUAUUGUAGAGCCCCGGAUCUUGCCUACAAUGGGGUCUGUUUCUCUGACGAAGCAAACUUCCUCGGAACCCACAGGCCUGCAGAGCUGGGUGAGACAGAUGCUGUUUAAUGGGAGCCACGUGGAGUUCUCCUCCUGCACCUGGACCUAGUAGAAAUCAGACUGGGUAAUAAAUGGGCGGGACAUGGAACUCCCCUCAGCCUCAUAGUCUCGGGGGGAGGAGGGAGCAGGAGCACCUGGAGGCUCCUGCCUUGAAACAGGCCAUGGCAUGGUGGUGGCCACUCCUGCUAGAGCUGUGGACAGUCAUGCCCACCUGGGCUGGGGACGAGCUGCUCAACAUCUGCAUGAAUGCCAAACACCACAAGAGAGUGCCCAGCCCAGAAGACAAGCUCUAUGAGGAGUGCAUCCCCUGGAAGGACAAUGCCUGCUGCACCCUCACGACAAGCUGGGAAGCCCAUCUGGACGUAUCCCCACUCUACAACUUCAGCCUGUUUCACUGUGGACUGCUGAUGCCUGGCUGUCGGAAGCACUUCAUCCAGGCUAUCUGCUUCUAUGAGUGCUCCCCAAACCUGGGGCCCUGGAUCCAGCCAGUGGGAAGCCUGGGGUGGGAGGUGGCCCCGAGUGGGCAGGGAGAGCGAGUUGUGAAUGUGCCGCUGUGCCAGGAGGACUGUGAGGAGUGGUGGGAAGACUGUCGCAUGUCUUACACAUGCAAAUCCAACUGGCGUGGUGGCUGGGACUGGAGUCAGGGGAAGAACCGCUGCCCCAAAGGGGCCCAGUGCCUCCCUUUCUCCCAUUACUUCCCCACCCCAGCUGACCUGUGUGAGAAGACUUGGAGCAAUUCCUUCAAAGCCAGCCCUGAGCGACGGAACAGUGGGCGGUGUCUCCAGAAGUGGUUUGAGCCUGCUCAGGGCAACCCCAAUGUGGCCGUGGCCCGCCUCUUCGCCAGCUCUGCCCCAUCCUGGGAACUGUCCUACACCGUCAUGGUCUGCUCCCUGUUCCUGCCGUUCCUUUCCUGAGAGCCCUUCUUCUCCCACUCACAUUCCUGCAUGUCCACCAACUGUGGGUCAGGCCAGGCCAUGGCCUACCUCCUUCCUCAGGCCCUCCCCUAAAAGCAGUGGCAUGAGCUAGGGACUGCAGUCCCACCCAGUCCCUAGCCCAUGCCACUGCUUUUAGGGGAGGGCCUGAGGAAGGAAGUGCCCCUGAGGCUUCAGCGGCUGGUGCCUGAGACCUGCACAUUUGGUCCGAGGCCCCCUCCACUGCUCUGCUCUACCUUAGCUGGCCUAGGAGGCAGCUGGGGGCUGGGAGUGCCAAGGUGACUGGCCACCUCCUGCCUUGAGGGAUGGGAGCUUUCAAGGGGCUCAAGGACUUUCCCAUCCAGUGCACGCCUACCCCUUUCUGUGACAGAGCUGAUGGUGGCAGACCUGGCCUCCCAUCCUCCGAUGGUGUCUCCAAUAAAUCGGCACUCAACCUCU